AUUCAGUAGAAUAAAAAGCAGACAAUGAGUGGAGUAAUAUGGUGUUUUAUCUGCUUAUUAUGUGGAGUUCUUGGAGCGAGACCCAAAAAUUCGGAGGGCACUGGAACCACAGAUAGCACCGUAGAAACGGAUUCAACUACUUCCGGCGUGGAAUAUGGCCUAAUUACGGGCAACUUGAGUCUCUGUGGGAAUGUGGCGGAUAAUGUGUUCCUACCAUUUGUGGGUGACUGCAAUAGGUACUACCUCUGUCGCUCUGGCCAAGCCAUAGAACUCCAAUGCGAGUGGCCUUACGAGUUCAAUGCGAAUACCCAGAGCUGUGUGAAUCCCGGCGAGGCUGAUUGUAUGUCCACCUGCGAGGCCUUUCAUUUCAGCACCUUUAGUUACCAGAGAACCUGUACGAGGUACGUGCUGUGCUACUACGGAAAACCUGUUCUACGGCAGUGCCAGGAUGGCCUGCAGUACAACUCUGUAACAGAUCGCUGCGACUUCCCCCAAAAUGUGGAUUGCGUGGAGUCCGAGUGUUCCAUCUACUCCAAUGCGUAUCAUCUGCGCUAUGUUCCCAGCAAGGUUUCCUGCGAGAAGUACUUCCUCUGCGGCAACGGCAUUCCCAGGGAGCAAUUCUGUACCGAUGGCCUCCAUUUUAGCACCAAGUGCGAUUGCUGCGAUCUUCCAGCAAAAGCGGACUGCCAGAUUUCAGCUGUGCAAGGAAAAGUGCGGCAGCUUCCACGUCUUUCACCUCUCACUACUGAGGGAAUCUGCCCCCCAUACGGCGUCCAUUUCUAUGUCCAUGAGUCUCGACAGGAUGCCUAUUACUAUUGCGUGGAUGGACAUGGUUUGGUUCUGGAUUGUUCGGCGGGUCUUUGGUACGAUCCCAAGGUUCAGGAGUGCCGUGAACCCAAGAAUGUGGGCCUGUAACUCUAACCCCACC